AUGAUUAAUUGCAAACCCGCGGCCACGCCAGUCGACACGAAGUCCAAGCUCUCCGCCACAGACGGUUCCUUGGCCACGGACGCGUCCUCUUACCGCUCCAUCGUCGGUGCCCUGCAGUACCUCACCUUGACCCGCCCCGAGCUGCAGUAUGUUGUUCAGCAGGUGUGCCUUCACAUGCACGCUCCGCGAGAUCCUCAUUGGGCUGCGGUCAAGCGGAUUCUCCGCUACAUUCGUGGUACCAUGGACUUCGGUCUCUCGCUCCACGCCUCCACCGCCACGGACAUCGUCGCCUACUCGGACGCCGAUUGGGCCGGCUGCCCCGACACGCGUCGCUCCACGUCUGGCUACUGCGUCUACUUCGGCCCUUCGCUCAUCUCCUGGUCGUCUAAGCGACAGCCCACGGUAUCUCGCUCCAGCGCCGAAGCAGAGUACCGGGCUGUUGCUAACGCGGUUGCCAAGGUCUCCUGGCUGCGGCAACUCCUCGUUGAGCUCUCAUGUCCUAUCGCCAAAGCCACCGUGGUCUACUGA